UCGCUGAUGUUAAUGAAGACGCCGGCGAGAAAAUUGCCAAAGAAUUUAACGUAAAGUAAGUCAUAAAUUAUUGCAAUUUUUCAUAAACCGAUGUAAGAAAGUGGAAUUAACUAAUAAGCUUAUUAUCGUAAUUAACAAUGCUGCUAUUACAGAUAUUGAAAAUGGAAUGUUGAAAUAUUCACUAGAAGAACCAACACACUUUAGCAAACUUAUAGAAAUCAAUCUUAUGGGUGUAAUUUAUGGUGGUAUUAUAAUUAACACCGACGGCUUCAACCACUGCAAUACAUCCGGUGUUUACUUUUGGUAUUACAGUAGUGCCACUAACGCUAAAGCUGGAGUGCGUCAUUAUUUUACGAAAUCCAUGUCACAAGUUAGCGAAUUACACAAUAUUACUAUUAAUGCUGCAUGUCCAAGUGUUACCAGAACUGAAAUGACAGCUGGUGCAAUUGGAGUUCCUGAUCGUUGGUGGUCACCAAUUGAUGACGUUGUUGAAGCAUAUUUUAAAUGUAUUUAUAAUCAAAGUUAAGAAAAUAUUUUUAUUUUAUUCCCUAUUUUUUUAAAAAAAAUAGAUGAGAAAGCACGU